GCGACCAGUCAUCGCCAUGAACGCUCUGAUCGUUGCAACCCUUCUGUCUGCUGUCUUUGCCAUCGCCAUGGCUGGUGGGCUUGGAUACGGAGGCCUUGGUUACGGAGGCCUUGGUUACGGAGGCCUUGGCUACGGUGGCUAUGGAGGAUACGGUGGAUACGAUGGCUACGGCGGUAGCCUUGGAUAUGGCGGAGGCCUUGGCGGAGUUGGCGUCGGUAGCAGUGUGGCUCUUAUUCGUGGUGCGCCUGGGCUAUACAAGGCAGUACCUGGUCCAGCAUUUCUGGUCAGAACCAUCCACCAAGUGAACAGGUUGUCCAGUGGUGGAGCACUAGUCGCGCACUCUGGUCUCGGAGGUGGAGCAUAUGGCACAUACGUUCGUGGCUACGGAGGCGGGUUGGAUGGCUACGGAAGUGUUUUGGGAUAUGGUGGUUACGGUGGAUACGGUGGCUACGGUUACAAGGGUUGAUUGCAGUUGUUCUCAGUGUGCUAGUUUUCAGAGAGUCACUAAAGGUAUUGCAAAGUAACGCAUGACGACAAAAUGGCUACGCUGUGUCUGGAGCUGAGUCGACCAAACUGCGUGUGCAUAAUAUGCAAUGCCUAAAUUGAAUCAGAGCCGUCGCACUGGGAAAAUAUUUGCCUUAAUCAUAGUCAUGCAGCUGCUCGACUAAAAUCACGUUCAUUUUUUUCAUUUCUCACGUCAAGAAUAAGUAUUUGGUGAGCUCAUUGGAAAGCAACCGUCGAAGAUAUUCAACAUCUAAAGACAGAUUGCUCAACAGUACUUGUGCCCUUACUACUACAUCACUGCUUCAUCGGUGUUAAUAAGUAGUGUUCGCUGCCGAAGAUUCAUUGUUUAAACCAGUGAGAAUGAAAUGACACAGCGAUGACCAUGUGUAUGUUGGGAUUUUCGAAUGUGAAUAAAUGCCA